ACAUCUUCUCUCAUCGCCAUUCUCAAUGAUUGGCUCAAUAGUGAUCAUCCUAAAAGUGAUAGUGGGAGCUUAGGAAAUAUUAAUUACUAUUUGAUAGAAAGUUUUUUCUGAUAAAAAGAAUUAGUUUUUAAUAUUUCUGCACCAUGGCGGAUGAAAAACUAGAUAAUUUGCAAGGGAAAAAUGGCAAACUUACCAUAAACGCUGACAAGUUGCUAAACAUAAAAGACGGCGAUUUGAAAAGAAUAUUGGAUGAAGAAAAGGUGUCUUUGAAAUCUUGUGAAGAAAAUUUGGAAAAGAUUCGAGAAUGGUACGAAAAGCAGCCACAUUUACCAAAAGGGCAAAUAGAUGAUCAAAUGCUGAUAAGAUACUUGGUAUCCUGCAAUUUCAGCACAGAGAAAGUGAAAGACAAGUUGGAUAACUUCUAUUCGGCCAAAAACAAAAUGUCUGAUUUAUUGAAAAACAGAGACCCAUUAUCACCGACUAUUGAAAAUGUUUUAAAAACUGGCUACUGGUUGCUUCUACCAAAACGGACGGAUGAUAAUCAUCGUAUAUCUAUUUUUAGACUCCCCGAAAACGCGAACAAAGACACAAGUUUCGCCGACAUAGUGAAGAUAUCGUUCAUGAUCGGAGAGUACCGGCUGUGGAACGACGUCACCGGCGGCGAGCACUGGGUCUUCGACUACCAGAACGUCACGUUCCAGUUCGCCAUGCAGUGCACGCCCACUCUGGUCUCCAAUAUUACGUUCAUUCUGUCGAUAUCGUUCAUGAUCGGCGAGUACCGGCUGUGGAACGACGUCACCGGCGGCGAGCACUGGGUCUUCGACUACCAGAACGUCACGUUCCAGUUCGCCAUGCAGUGCACGCCCACUCUGGUCUCCAAUAUUACGUUCAUUCUUUCGCAUUGUUUAGCCGCAAAACUUAAAGGUGUCCAUCUGAUUGGGAUACCGCAAUACUGCGAGGCGUUGCUGAAUCUGUUCAAAAGGGCUAUGAAACCGAAGGUAGCCGAGAGGAUCAACAUUUACAACAGCUACGAAGAACUUUACAAGAAACUACCUAAGGCAUUGUUCCCUUCUGAUUUUGGCGGAAACGAGAUAUCUUCGAAGGAAAUUACUGGUGAAUACUAUGUAUCUGCUGAUAAACAACUACUGCAAAAGCUAUAUAAUUAUAACUUUACUAAACAAUCGGUGUAUAAUAUAAAAUGCUCCCGGAAAAAUUCAUGGCUGAAAACAUUCCAGACACCAGAGUGGCGUCAAUACUUCCUAGACCAAGACGAGGCUUGUUCUGAUGAGAGCAAGAGAGAAGGUGUGACCAAACUUGACGAAGUAUUCGGAGUGGAAGGUUCUUUUAGAAAACUUGAUAUUGACUAAGAACACUGGUUUCCUGAAGGCAUCUCAAAGGGCUUGUGUUUUCAAAAUAAAGGUAUUAUGGGUGGUGUUACUAAAUAAUAACAAAAAAUGGUAUAGUAAGUAAA